AUGAAUUUCAAGUUCGGACCGAAAGUCGUCGGUGCCUUUUCAAUGCGCAAGAAUGAACUCCAGGUCGAUGGAUAUACAGCUCCACGCUUCACAGCUAACACUGCAAAAGACUUCCUCGGGGAGCAAUAUAAUUUGCUUGCAUACACGUGGGAUCUCCCGUCCCAAGAACUGAGUCGCGAGGAGGCUGAGCGUGAAGAGUUUGCACUUCAUGCUUUGAACCUGGAGGAAGCUCAAAAGACUCUCGGCUUAGAGGCUGACUCAUCCGAAGACUCCUUCUGUUUAUCCCACCCUGAUCUGCGCGUCGAUAAUAUCAUCGUGGACGAUGAGCUUCGCAUCCGGGGUGUCAUUGACUGGGAGUUCUCGGCUACAGUGCCACGGCACGCCUUCCUACCUCCGUUGUGGCUUACAGGUCAUGACGCUGCAUCGGCUGUUUCUAAAGUCAACAUCUCAUCCGAGUUCAAGAGUGUCCUAUGGUCGAGGAAACAACACUCACCUAGCCACUCUCAGCUUGCGCAGGACUGGGAUUUUCGAGACGAGUUAAGAUUGCCGAUGGCUCAUAUAUUUCUGGAUCCGUCCAAUCUCGUCUUACUCUUCUACAGAUGCAUCUACCCCAGACUCUACGAUGAGUCUCGCGACAAGGUGGUCCCUGCUUUCUUCCAACGUCCUGAGAACAAGGAACUGCAGGAAAGGUUGGAACGUCGAUUGCAUGCUUCUGAGCGGUACACUCACUAUCUCAAGAACAACAACCUUUUUGAAGAUGAGGACCCAGAAUGGCAACAAAUGCGUGAGUGGAUCGCUCAGACACAGGGGAAGUUGCAUCAGAUACGUGAGUGGAGUGACAAAACUCAAGACGAAUUAAUACGCUUGGAUGGGGAACGGGCUGAGCAACAAGCACGAGAGAAAUUAUGA